AUGAGUGACGGCGGAGCUAAGACGGAGGCGCUGCUGCGAGUUGCCGAAAUCGGCGGAAGAGGAAGGAGUCUAGUCGCCGCACAGUCUCUUCGUGCCGGAGAAGUUGUUCUCAGAGAGUCUCCUCUCCUCCUCUACUCUGCUUUCCCAUUUCUCUCCUCUGCUUCACCUUACUGCGACCAUUGCUUCCGGUUACUAUCUCAAUCGGCGCAGAAAUGUCAAUCCUGCUCCCUCGUCUCCCAUUGCAGCUCUAAUUGCUUCGCCUCUCACACCCCUUGGCUCUGCGAAUCUCUUCGCCGGAUUCACCAAUCGUACUCCGCCGCAUUCGCCGAUCAACCUUCCGAACGCCAAGUCCAAGCCCGUUUCCUCCUCUCCGCUUACAAUCUCGCCGCCGCGUCUCCUUCUGAUUUCCAGAUUUUGCUCUCGCUCCAAGGUAACGGAGGCGAUGGAGAUUCUGCUUCUGAUUCCGCCGCAGCUAAAUUCCUUCACUCCCUCUUAUCCGCCGUGUGUCCACCUCUUCCGGUUCCAAUCUCGCCGGAGCUCACAGCUGCUCUACUGGUUAAAGAUAAAGUUAACGGCUUUGGUUUGAUGGAACCGUUCUCUGUUUCCAACGAGAAGAGAUCGGUGAGAGCUUAUGGGAUUUACCCAAAGACGUCGUUUUUCAAUCACGAUUGUCUUCCUAAUGCUUGUAGAUUCGAUUACGUCGACUCUGCGUCCGAUGGCAAUACCGAUAUCGUGAUUAGGAUGAUUCACGAUGUUCCUCAAGGAAGAGAAGUCUGUUUGAGCUACUUCCCUGUGAACAUGAACUACUCGAGCAGGCAGAAGAGAUUGGCUGAGGAUUAUGGUUUCAAAUGUGACUGUGAUCGGUGCAAAGUGGAAUCUAGUUGGUCGGAAGGCGAGGAAGAUGAGAAUGAUGUCAUGGAGGAGAUGGGUGAUGAAGAGAUGGAGGAUUCAGAAGGUGAGAAUGAGGAAGUAGAAGUUGGAGAAGCUUGUGGAAAUGGUGUGGAUGAUGAUGAUGAUGCGAGUUUCCCUCACGCUUACUUCUUUGUGAGAUAUAUGUGUGAGAAGGAGAAUUGUUUUGGCACUCUUGCUCCGAUUCCGCCGAAGACUCAUGAUUGUGCUUCGAAGGUUCUUGAAUGUAAUGUUUGUGGAAGCCUUAAGGAGGAUGAAGUUGUUGCAAACCAGUGA